AUGGAUAUCAUUUUAGGAAUUAGGGUAAAAGACUCUGUGAUUCUCGCGUCUUCUAAGGCUGUGACAAGGGGUAUUUCCGUGCUAAAGGCAGACGACGACAAAACAAGAGUCCUAUCAGACCACACACUUAUGUCAUUCACCGGAGAGCCAGGUGAUUCAGUUCAAUUUGCAGAAUAUAUCCAGGCGAAUAUACAGCUUUACUCAAUUAGAGAGAAUUGCGAGCUUUCACCUCACGCGGCGUCCAGUUUCAUAAGACAAGAACUUGCAAAAUCAAUUAGAUCAAGAAAGCCUUUCCAGGUUAAUGUGCUUGUUGGUGGCUAUGACACUCGUAAAGAGUCCCCACAUCUUUAUCAGAUUGACUACCUUGGUACAAAGGUAGAUCUACCAUACGCUGCCCAUGGUUAUGCGGGUUUCUACACAUUCUCUCUACUCGAUCACCAUUACAGACCGGAUAUGAAUACCAGUGAAGCUUUGAAGCUUCUAAAGAUGUGUAUAGAAGAACUGGAGCGCAGAAUGCCCAUGGAUUUCAAGGGUGUCCUUGUAAAGGUGGUAGAUAAGGAUGGUGUCCGGGAAAUUGAAGACUUUUGA